CUGAUGAGUUUAGGCCGCUCUACAGCUACAAUCAGACCAGAAGGGAGGGGGAAGUGAGAGGGAAAAGGAACUAGUCGAGCUGCCCUUUGUUUCUAGGUUUGCCGAGGAGUACGGGGAAGAGACCGGCUCGAAUCUAUACUCCUUUCUGAAAGCAGAUACAGAACACUGUUUUUCUGCCUCUCACUUCUUCCGGCCCUGCUGAGAGAUGUCCACUCCUGACCCACCUAUGGGCGGGACCCCUCGGCCGGGCCCUUCCCCAGGCCCCGGGCCAUCUCCAGGGUCCAUGUUAGGGCCUAGUCCUGGACCCUCACCUGGCUCUGCCCAUGGAAUGAUGGGCCCCAGCCCUGGGCCCCCCUCCUCAGGACAUCCGCUACCUCCUCAGGGCCCCUCAGGUUACCCCCAGGACAACAUGCUCCAGUUGCACAAGCCCAUGGAAGGCAUGCAUGAGAAAGUCAUUCCUGAAGAUCAGCGCUAUGCUCAGAUGAAGGCUAUGGGCAUGAGACCGGGUGGGCACAGUGGCAUGGGCCCUCCACCCAGUCCUUUGGACCAACACUCCCAAGGUUACCCCUCUCCCCUGGGUGGUUCUGACCAUGCCCCUAGUCCGGUACCUUCUAACGGCCCUCCCUCUGGCCCCAUGAUGCCUGCUGGUUCUGGUGCCAUGGAGGGCGGUGACCCACAGGCCAUGGGUCAGCAGAACCGGAGCGUUGGUGCCGGUGGUGUUGCAGGUCCAGGACCCAGCGGAGGACCUCCAAAUGCAGGCGGACCUGGUGGACCCGGCGGGGCCACUCCUUUUAACCAAAACCAGCUUCACCAACUGCGGGCACAGAUCAUGGCCUAUAAGAUGCUGGCACGCGGGCAAGCUCUACCUGACCACCUACAGAUGGCGGUGCAGGGAAAACGGCCCAUGCCAGGCAUGCAGCAGGGGAUGCCCAACAUGCCCCCUGGCUCAGGACAAGGAGCAGGACCACCUGGACCAGGAGGACCCGUACCUGGGGGACCCAACUACAAUAGACCACACGGAAUGGUUGGACCAAAUAUGCCGCUUCCAGGACCUUCUGGUGUUCCCCCAGGCUUGCAGGGGCAACCCAUCAACGGACCACCUAAAUCUUGGCCUGAAGGGCCCAUGGUGAACGCUGCCGCCCCUGCAAGUGCCCCGCAGAAGCUGAUACCUCCUCAGCCCACGGGCCGCCCGUCUCCAGCACCACCUUCAGUUCCUCCCGCUGCCUCGCCCGUCAUGCCCCCUCAGACCCAAUCUCCAGGACAACCCACCCAGCCGCCCAUGGUGCUUCAUCAGAAACAGAACCGCAUCACUCCCAUCCAGAAACCCCGGGGUCUGGACCCAGUGGAGAUCCUCCAGGAGAGAGAGUACAGGUUACAGGCUCGUAUUGUUCAUCGUAUUCAAGAGCUGGAAAACCUUCCAGGAUCUCUGGCUGGAGACUUGAGAACCAAAGCUAAUAUCGAGCUCAAGGCACUUAGGCUCCUGAACUUUCAGAGACAGCUCCGGCAGGAGGUUGUAGUGUGUAUGAGGCGUGACACCGCCCUGGAGACAGCGCUCAACGGCAAGGCCUACAAGCGCAGCAAGAGACAGUCCCUGCGUGAGGCUCGUAUCACAGAGAAGCUGGAGAAACAGCAGAAGAUAGAGCAGGAACGCAAGCGGCGUCAGAAACACCAGGAGUAUCUCAACAGCAUCCUGCAGCAUGCAAAGGACUUCAAGGAAUUUCAUCGCUCCAUCACUGCAAAGAUCCAGAAGGUGACCAAAGCCAUAGCCACAUACCACGCCAACACUGAGAGAGAGCAGAAGAAGGAGAACGAGCGUAUCGAGAAGGAGAGAAUGAGGAGGCUGAUGGCUGAAGAUGAAGAGGGUUACAGGAAGCUGAUCGAUCAGAAGAAGGACAAACGUCUGGCUUACUUGCUGCAGCAGACUGAUGAGUAUGUGGCCAACCUCACCGAGCUCGUCAGAGCUCACAAAGCUGUCCAGGCCCUCAAAGACAAGAAGAAGAAGAAGAAAAAGAAGAAGCCAGAGAAUCCUGAGAGUGGAGCUCUUGCUCUGGGUCCAGAUGGAGAGCCUCUGGACGAGACCAGUCAAAUGAGUGACCUGCCAGUGAAAGUGAUUCACAUAGACAGUGGGAAGAUCCUCACCGGCAUGGACGCUCCUAAAGCUGGACAACUGGAUGCCUGGCUGGAGGUCAAUCCAGGGUACGAGGUGGCCCCGCGAUCUGAUAGUGAAGAUAGUGGCUCAGAGGAGGAUGAAGAUGAAGAGGAUGAUCAGUCUCAGCCCUCUCAGUCUUCGUCAGAGGAGAAGAAGAUCAUUCCAGAUCCAGACAGUGAGGAUGUGUCCGAGGUGGACGUCCGUCACAUCAUUGAACAUGCCAAGCAGGAUGUUGACGAUGAAUACGGUAAUGCCGCGUUCGUUAGGGGCCUGCAGUCGUACUACGCCGUGGCCCACGCAGUCACAGAGAGGGUGGAGAAACAGUCAAGCCUGCUGAUAAAUGGACAGCUCAAACAGUACCAGAUCAAAGGUCUGGAGUGGCUGGUGUCUCUGUAUAACAAUAACUUGAAUGGCAUUCUGGCUGAUGAAAUGGGUUUGGGAAAAACCAUCCAGACCAUUGCACUCAUCACCUACCUCAUGGAGUACAAACGCAUCAACGGACCCUUCCUCAUCAUCGUCCCCCUCUCGACUCUGUCGAACUGGGUGUACGAGUUUGAUAAGUGGGCUCCAUCUGUGGUGAAAGUUUCUUAUAAGGGCUCUCCUGCUGCUCGCCGUGCAUUUCUUCCCAUUUUGCGCAGCGGCAAGUUCAACGUGCUGAUCACCACUUACGAGUACAUCAUCAAAGACAAGCAAGUGCUGGCCAAGCUCCGUUGGAAGUACAUGAUAGUGGAUGAAGGUCACCGUAUGAAGAAUCACCACUGUAAACUGACUCAGGUGUUGAACACACACUACCUGGCACCUCGGCGUCUGCUGCUCACCGGCACGCCGCUGCAGAACAAGCUGCCUGAACUGUGGGCACUGCUCAACUUCCUGCUGCCCACCAUCUUCAAGAGCUGCAGCACCUUUGAGCAGUGGUUCAACGCUCCAUUCGCCAUGACCGGAGAAAAGGUGGACCUGAAUGAAGAGGAGACCAUUCUGAUCAUCCGUCGUCUGCACAAAGUGCUCCGCCCCUUCCUGCUCAGGAGACUCAAGAAGGAAGUGGAGGCCCAACUCCCAGAGAAGGUUGAAUAUGUGAUCAAGUGUGACAUGUCGGCCCUGCAGAGAGUGCUGUACAGACACAUGCAGGCUAAAGGAGUGCUGCUCACUGAUGGCUCUGAGAAAGACAAGAAGGGUAAAGGAGGCACUAAGACUCUCAUGAACACUAUCAUGCAGCUGAGGAAGAUUUGCAACCACCCUUACAUGUUCCAGCACAUUGAGGAAUCUUUCUCUGAGCACUUGGGCUUCACUGGAGGCGUUGUUCAGGGACUUGAUUUGUACCGUGCCUCUGGGAAGUUUGAGCUGCUGGACCGUAUCCUGCCCAAGCUCCGCGCCACCAACCACAAAGUGCUGCUCUUCUGUCAGAUGACCACGCUCAUGACCAUCAUGGAAGACUACUUCGCCUACCGCAACUUCAAGUACCUGCGCUUGGACGGAACAACUAAAGCUGAGGAUCGUGGCACGUUGCUGAAGAACUUUAACGAUCCAUCCUUUGAGUACUUCAUCUUCUUGCUGAGCACCAGAGCUGGAGGUCUGGGGCUGAACCUGCAGUCUGCUGACACUGUUAUCAUCUUUGACAGCGACUGGAACCCUCACCAGGAUCUGCAGGCCCAGGAUCGCGCCCAUCGUAUCGGGCAGCAGAACGAGGUGCGAGUGCUGCGUCUGUGCACAGUGAACAGUGUGGAGGAGAAGAUCCUGGCCGCUGCCAAAUACAAGCUGAAUGUGGACCAGAAGGUCAUCCAGGCCGGUAUGUUCGACCAGAAGUCGUCCAGCCACGAGCGCAAAGCUUUCCUGCAGGCCAUCCUGGAGCACGAAGAGCAGGAUGAGGAGGAAGAUGAAGUGCCAGACGACGAGACUGUUAAUCAGAUGAUCGCUAGAAGCGAGGAAGAGUUUGAGCAGUUCAUGCGCAUGGAUCUUGACCGCCGCCGUGAAGAUGCACGUAACCCGAAACGCAAACCCCGGCUGAUGGAGGAGGAUGAGCUGCCCACCUGGAUCAUGAAGGACGACGCAGAGGUAGAAAGGCUCACCUGCGAAGAAGAGGAGGAGAAGAUGUUCGGCCGUGGCUCACGUCAAAGAAAAGAAGUGGACUACAGUGACUCCCUCACGGAGAAACAGUGGCUAAAGGCCAUCGAGGAAGGCACUCUUGAUGAGAUUGAAGAAGAGGUGCGCUAUAAGAAAACGACCCGGAAGAGGAAGCGCGACCGUGACCUCGACCUUCCCGGCCCGGCCACGCCCAGCUCCAGUGGGCGGAGCAGAGAUAAAGAUGACGACAGUAAGAAGCAAAAGAAACGAGGUCGUCCUCCGGCUGAAAAACUCUCGCCCAACCCUCCCACACUCACCAAGAAGAUGAAGAAGAUUGUGGAUACAGUGAUUAAAUACAAGGAUGGCAAUGAAAGACAACUGAGUGAGGUGUUUAUUCAGUUGCCGUCUCGUAAAGAUCUACCAGAAUAUUACGAACUCAUUCGCAGACCUGUGGACUUCAGGAAGAUCAAGGAACGCAUCAGAAGUCAUAAAUACCGCACUCUGAAUGACCUGGAGAAAGAUGUGAUGCUUCUCUGUCAGAACGCUCAGACCUUCAACCUGGAGGGAUCAGUGAUCUACGAGGACUCUAUCGUGCUGCAGUCUGUGUUCACCAGUGUGCGGCAGAAGAUCGAGAAAGAGGAAGAGAGCGAGGGAGAAGCGAGUGAGGAGGAAGAGGACGAGGCAGAUGAAGGAUCAGAGUCUGAAUCUCGUUCAGUGAAGGUGAAGAUAAAGCUGAGUCGAAAGGAAAAGGUGGAGAGAGGAAAGGGAAAACGCCGAACCGGACGCAGCUGGCGCCCUAAACCUGUUGUUAGUGAUGACGAAAGUGAGGAGGACCAGGAAGAGGAGCAUUCUGCUAGUGGCAGCGAGGAAGAUUAAACCACCUUCUGGACCAAUCACAACUCUUGUUCACUUCUGCUGCAGAUACGACAUUUUACAUGAGAUCUGACAAACAGCUGCUCCUGACGGGCCUAGUUUUACCAUAGAACAGCACAUUUUUUAGAGAGAGGACAUGUAUACGAAAAGGAUUAAAUGAGGAAAAUUACACUGUAAAAUGCAGAAGAAAGCCUUUCCAUUUAUGUAUAGCAAGACAGUUGAGCAUAUUGAGCAUUUGUUUCUUUCCAUAUUUGUUUUUAUGAUUUUUCUCAAAGACAUGACAUAAGAUGGACAGAUAUCAGACAUACUGACUCUGUGAACCAAUAAGACAGGAUCAUGUUUCAGUGUCCUCUUAUUGUUUUUAACCGUGUGAACAUCACCCCUUCUUCCCCCCAAGAACCCAGAAUGCAUGUUGUUUGUGUAAAACGGAGCCAAACAAUUUCUCUUUCCAUUUUUCUCUUGAUCUCUGUUUAAAUUAAGAUUGCCAACAGGAUUAAGGUACUUCUUCCUUUAUAGACUUACUGUCAGGAGAAAUGGGGGACAAUAGGGUGUAGGAUUCUGUACUGUGUCCGUGUCACUGGAUUUCCAAAAUGCACAAUAAAGCGUCUUAGAAAUA